GCUGGGGGGCGGAGAGGGGUAGACGGAAAGCCAGAUGGGGCUUUCAGCUUCUUUGGGGUACUUUCCAUCCGUUGUGUAGUCCCCGACCCUCACGUUCCCCCUCUUCCUCCCCCUCCCCCAUCGGCCGGUUUUGUUCUGUUUCGAGGCCCUGGAGUCUCGCGGAGAGUUCUGGGACUCCAUUCGGGCGGAGGUCGGAGGGGGCGGGCCUUCCGUGGGGCCUGCCGGGGCUUGUAGUUUCGUUGGACGGGGGCGGAAGUGCCGUGCCUCGGAGGUUGUAGUAACAGGGUACCGUUUUGUUAUCUAAAAUCCACUGGGUCUAGUGCAGAGGAGAGGGGCUGGAGGACGACGGAGCGGGGCAGGGCGAGGUUCGCAGCGGCACUUUGCAGGAGUGAGGCGGGAAGAACACCUGGAGUACCUGUAAAGAAAAAAGGGUAUUUCCCCGAGGCCUAUAUCCUGCCUUGAUUGUCUUUUCUUGAAGACUUAUAAAUCAGGAUGUCUGCACAGUCAGUGGAAGAAGAUUCUAUACUUAUCAUCCCAACUCCAGAUGAAGAGGAAAAAAUUCUGAGAGUGAAGCUGGAGGAGGAUCCUGAUGUUGAAGAGGGAUCAAGUAUCCCCUGGAACCAUCUCCCUGACCCAGAAGUUUUCCGACAGCGAUUCAGGCAGUUUGGAUACCAGGAUUCACCUGGACCCCGUGAAGCUGUGAGCCAGCUUCGAGAACUUUGCCGUCUAUGGCUUAGGCCAGAAACACAUACAAAAGAGCAAAUCUUGGAGCUGGUUGUGCUGGAACAGUUUGUUGCCAUCCUACCAAAGGAGCUGCAGACUUGGGUUCGAGAGCAUCAUCCAGAAAAUGGAGAGGAGGCAGUGACAGUGCUGGAGGAUUUAGAGAGUGAACUAGAUGACCCUGGACAGCCGGUUUCUCUCCGUCGACGAAAACGAGAAGUGCUAGUAGAAGAGAUAGUAUCUCAAGAAGAAGCUCAGGGACUACCAAAUUCUGGGCUUGAUGCUGUGGAAAACCAGCUCAAGUGGGCAUCUUGGGAGCUUCAUUCCCUAAGGCACUGUGAUGAUGAUGCUAGAAUUGAAAAUGGAGCACUAGCGCCAAAGCAGGAGAUUCCCUCAGCAGCAGAAUCUCAAGAAGUUCCUGGCAGUCUCAAUAUAGGUGUUCCUCAAAUUUUUAAAUAUGGAGAAGCCUGUUUCCCCAAGGGCAGAUUUGAAAGAAAGAGAAACCCCUCUCGAAAGAAACAACAUAUAUGUGAUGAAUGUGGAAAACACUUCAGUCAGGGCUCAGCUCUUAUUCUUCAUCAAAGAAUCCACAGUGGGGAGAAACCCUAUGGAUGUGUUGAAUGUGGGAAAGCAUUCAGCAGAAGUUCUAUCCUUGUGCAACACCAGAGAGUCCAUACUGGAGAAAAACCUUACAAAUGUCUUGAAUGUGGAAAAGCCUUUAGCCAGAAUUCUGGGCUUAUUAAUCAUCAGAGAAUCCAUACUGGGGAGAAACCUUACGAAUGCGUUCAGUGUGGGAAAUCCUAUAGUCAAAGCUCAAAUCUUUUUAGACAUCAGCGAAGACACAAUGCAGAAAAACUUCUGAAUGUUGUGAAAGUUUAAGAAAUUAAAAAAAAAAAUGUCAGCACUCAGGUCUUUUUCUUCAGAAAUGAAGACAAAAACAUGAAAUGAUAAUAGUUCUAUUUCCUUCUAGUCUGUUAGAAAAUACACGGGAAAUGUAGAAAAUCUUCACCCACUAUUAUUUCAUCUUGAGAGAAAUGGUGUCAUACCUGCCCAGAAACUGAAAUUUUAAACUUAGUUCAGGUGUUAAUGCCUAAAUCUUACAUGUGAUGUUUAUAUUAUUAUUUUUCCAAAUAAUGAACUACCUGAUUCUUCAGCCCUUAAAAGUCUCCUUUGUAGACUGACAUAUUUCUGUGUUGAGCAUUAAAAUGUUAUUUUCAAGGUAUUCCUGUGUACAUUAAAAGGUAACAGGAAUUAAAAAUGUAAAAAAAAAAACCAUUUUUUCAAAAUUUAUCCUUGUUUUCUUUCACCUAAUUUGAAUAUGUAUUUCAGAAAAUGAAAGAUAGGAUGAUCAAAAGCCUCAGAGUAAAUGAGCCUUAAAACUCAGAUUAAGAAGUGGUAAUGAACAUCAAAAGUGAAUAGGGAAGAUAAAUACUCUGAUCCAAGAACUGAAGUAUAUCAAGAAUUUGUCUAAAUGUAAUUAUUUGCCUGAAGAAAAACUCAACAGCUUACCCUCUCUGUAAUUAGGCAUCCCACUAAUGAAAAUAGUGUUUUCCCAUUAUUAUUAGAAAGUGACAGAGUCUAGACAAUAAACAAUUAUAAACUAUAAAAGUAGAAAUUACAACUAGGGAGGAAUUUGUAGUGAAUGGCAGUGUUGAAGAGCAAUAUAGCAUAAUGGUCUCUUGGCUUUUAGAAAACAGACUUGAAAAUCUUAUUUUGCCUUCAUUUUUAUUAAGGACAGAAAAAAGUCUGACAAGUGGGCAACAAGUAUCAGGUUUGCUAUUUUAUUUGGUACAGAAGGGUUGAACAAGCAAACAAAGCAGCCAUGCAUUUAUAAUUAAAUAUUUUCUACCGACAAGGCCCUGUGCUAGGUACUGUAACCCUACCAUAAGUAGGUAGGUGUUUCUUUCACUGUAAAUCAUUGUGGGUUUGGUACAAAGCUGUUUAAUGAGUUAACUCUUAACUCUGUCAGAGUAGUCCUAGGGGAGGUCACCUCUGAGAUUUCCAGAGUCACAGUUCUCUUACCAGGGUGUUAUAUUGGGGGAAAGGAAGAUUCAGCUUAAAAGAGCUAGCCGGCUCUCCAACAGUCUAAAGAGGUGAGUAUAAGAUACUCUAUUAGUUUGGAGGUUUGUGGGUCUUUAAAAAAAACUAAUCAAUCUCUAGUAGCACUGAGGUUGUACUUAACAUGUUAAGUUGAAUUGUUCUAUUUAAAAAAUACCUAGGUUAUUAACAACUAGCUUACUCAGAAUUGAUUUUCAUUUUAAAAAUUUUAAGUCUUAACACAUUUUUUUAAGUGUAUUAAAGUAAUACAUUGUAGUAGUAGGAUUAUAUACUCCUUGGCUGAGGAAUCCCAAGUACUGUGGUUCUACUGUUGAAUAGUGGAAAACUCUGGAAGUUAAAAUACAGAAUAUGAGAAAAGGCAUUUUAUAGUGGGCAUAAUUCUGUGGAAAAUAACCCAUGUGAAUAAAAAUAUUUCAUAGUUCCAGAGAUUUUGGUUGCAUCUGGUGCUUGGAUCAGAUUAAAAAAAAGAAGGCGAGAUUUGCAUGAGCCUGUUAAAAAGCAUAGUAAUAAAUGCAAGGCCAGCUGGUGGAAAAGUGAGUCAGAAUGGAGCUUGUUUAUAGAUUUUUCUGAUAACGAUAAGAAAUGUGCUUUAUAGAUUAAGACUUAUUGAAGUAUAAAUAUGUAGUAAUGAUAUAAUGUAUUUUAAGUUAUACAGGAAAAUGUAGGGACUUUUGUUUGGGUCCAUUUCUCUUGUGGCUGAGAGGAAACAAGUCAAUGUCCAAUAAAGCUAUAAACUACUCCGCUCUAAGAUAAGAUGUUCCUGAGUUGGUUUAUUUAUUUACAACUGGCUCUUUACAUGUGGGCUUGAGGUGGCGUAUUUGGAAUACUGCUACUGGGAUGACAGUUCUUUUAUCAGAGUGUGUAAGAAGGGAGCAACCUCAAUGGCUAUAAUUUCACCCAUUUUUAGAUCUUACAUCUUCCUUGUAUACAAAGAAGCUUCCCUCUGGUACGUUUGUCAUAAAUGCCAAAGAUGUUUGGUAUAAAAGAGCUUAGAAAAAGUAUUUGAGUUGGCAAAUAUGAGCUUGUCUUGACAGCUCUGAUACCCCUUGUUUAGAAAGGAUUCCAAGGCUAAGGCAAGGCUCUCUGGAGAAAAUGGGCUGGACACAAAAAGCCUGGUCAAUGGUACAUAGGAAAAGGAAGUGGCGGUCUGUGUAUUCACUAUCUCUUAUUAGGUGAGUUAAACUCUCAGUAGACAAACUGACUUAAAAUAACUUCAGUGAUUUAUGAUUUCAUUCAUUCAUUUAUAUGCACAUAGCUAAUCAUAGCAAUUCUGGGGAGUGCCCAGCCUCUGAUGAUGUGGUGAUCUUGUAGUUGCAGUCGAUGAUAUCACGCAGACUGCUGAUAACCUGCCCAAUAGCCACUGAGCAUUUGCUCAUUAUUGCUAAAUUUUCUUCUGGUUUUCUUGGUAGUGAAGCUCCCCACAUUCACACCCAGUCUAUCACAUUAUAUAAGUGUUCUAUGUAUUGCAUUCCAGGCAUUGGCUUAGACAGUAUACCUAUCUCACUUAGAUUUGUAUAGGCUAGGAAAGCAAGAUUCAGAGGACAUGUGACUUGCAUGUGGCUGAUUACAGCAAAAACUCAAAUUCUUUGACUCCAGGGACACGUAUUUUUCACAGUGCAAAUGACUACUGUUAAACUUUGAUAAAUUUUAUGCUUUCUUUUAUAGUUACUAAAUGUUAAAGCUAUUAAACAAGUUUGUUUGAAUUUUCUACAGUACAGAAUUGUAAAAUGAGAAAGAACAUUCCUUCUCAUAGUCUUACUCAGAAGUAGUAAUUUGGUUUGUUAUUCUCCCAGGCAUAUACCUAUUUAGGCAAAAAUGUGUUAAUAGCCGACACUUGGGGUUGCUAUAUACAGGCACUGUUAGAAGCACUUUACCAUGGACUGUUAAUCCUCACAGCAACCAUAUGAAGUAGGUACAUAUCCCCAUUUUACAUGUACUGCACCCCUUCCCUCCCACUUUGACGUAGACAUUUUGUUUUAUGGCUAUGUAUUAUUCCAUUUGUUUAUUACAGAUAAUACAGUUAACAUCUUUA